UCUGCACCCUCCGUACCUCACCUGGUGGGUCCUGACGCGCCUACCCACCAUUGAAGGAACAUCAGUCCUGCUCCACACACACCGUUUCUCUGAUCAACUUCAUCAAGAUGUCGGCAGCGGCGUGGAUUUUGGUCGUGUGUGUUGGGGUGGCGAUGGCGGCGCCUCACAAGGUAGUUUUUGUCCCUUGGAAGACCGUCAGCGUUCCUGUCAAGACCGUCAGCAUCUCCCAUCAGCCCGUCAGCGCUCCCGUCGAGACCGUCAGUGUCAACCACGAACCCGCCAGCGCUCCUCAGACAACGUACGGGGACUCUCAAGAGGUCGUCAGCAGUCACCAGGAGACCAUUCAAGUCCCUUUGCACACUAAGACCAUCGUUGUAUCUCCACCGAGGAGUGGGGCGGUAUACGUGAAGACCCAUGAUCAUGCCGCAGCCUCAGAAGCCUUCCGCAAUUCAGAGACGUUCACCGCCCUGGACUCGGCUGGUUCCGAGCUAGCCAGAGCAGUCGGAAACGUAGCCAGUAACCUGGGCGGCUUUUUGAGUGGGUUGCUGAACACAGCUGCCAACUUCCGAAAACAGGUCGUCGUUUACCAACCACAACCCAAAGUUGUCGUCCAUCACGCACCACCACCACCACCUACCUACGACGACAAUCAGAGAACCGUGUUUGUGAAGACCAAGACGGUGUUCUAAGUUCUGACGUCCGAGGUUCUUUCAUCUACGUCUUUCUGCGGAUAACACUCGACCAGGGAGUCACACGGGAACUCGGGUUGAAUUAGUGUCGCGCCGAAUCUUGAAUGAAACUAGUGGUCGAGUCAAACCAGGGAGUGGACACACCAGAGCUCGCAUUGAACUAGGGGAGGGGUUAUGUCAGAGCUGAAUAUGGUCACUCUAGAAUUAAGAGUUCGGCUUCUGUCAGGUAACUCUGGGUAAGACUUUCCUAUACCUAGUUCCAAUAUGGCGAGAGUCGGGUUAUCCUCUCUCUGGUUUAAUUAAUUUUAUUUUUUACCAUAACAUUUUAAUUUUAAUUUCAAUUUGGUCAGUGUCUAAGGCAGAAAAAUGUUGUUAAAUAAAAGAAAUACAUAUUUAAGCUCUUCAAAUGUACAAAUUAAAAAAAAUGUUACCUGAUCAUUCAAUAUUUUCAGAGCUAAUUUUUUUUACAGCAUUUUCUUCUCUCUUGGAAUUAGAUAAAUUAUGUCUUUUAAUGCCAGUAUUUAAUUUGACCAGCGUGCAAGUAAACAAAAUAAUGUUAAUUAUGUUGAAUGACAGUUGAGUUCAGUCUCAAAAGUAAAUCUGCAAUUGGUGAAUAAAAGUUGAAUUUCACACAGGCAUCA